AUGGGCUACGGGACUCGCUUGUCGAUUCUACCGCUUUGCGGAGGAUGCCGCCGCUGGUUCUCGGGGUGCGGCACUGGGAGCAUCCUCGGCACAACUACCAUGUCCGGCAAUCUUCUGAAGACGCUCCAGGAGGAUCUAAGAAACGAGAAUGAGUUGCGCACGAAAGGGAUAGGCGAGACACUGCAAAACUACGUGCACCGCGCAGAGCUCUCUCACAUGGAGAGUCCGGAGGCAGAUGAAGCGUUCUCAAAGAGCUUGGAUGCCAAGGUCGACGAUCUCUUUGCGCACAUUCCCCUCCCACAGGACCCCAUGAAGGUAGCCCUAGCACUGACGGAUGAGGAAGUGAAGGAGGAGGCCGCUGCUGAGUUUGUGAAAGAGGCGGUGCGGGAGAUGUACUGGCGAAAACUGGAUGCUAAACAGGCUGAAGAACUGCGCCUCAAGGGAGCAGAAAAGAAGCUUCAAAAGCAAGGUGCGAGCCAAUACUUCGAAGAGCGGCGCGAAGAAGAAAGACUUCGGGAGCGCGCAAGUACACAAUUGGUCGCCCAACCGCUCGCAGUAGAGCCCCAUUCUCCGGUGGGGAAGGUGGUCACCGCGUCGCCUCUCCAGAAUCUCGAUUCCACGCUGUCAGCGGAGGAGUUGCGCGAAGAGCUGGCUGCAAUGAAGGCGAAUGUGUCUCGACUGGAGGAGCUGCUGCGUUAUAAGACAUAA